AUGUCGUUUUUAGCGAGAGAUAUUCAGCGGAAGUUAACGUUUGAUAAUUCCAAGAGCGAGAACAGUUGCGAGGAAGAAGAAACGGAAGGAGAGUUUGAAGGAAAGAAGAGCAGCAGCGCGACGACGACGAGUACUACGAGUACUACGACGACGACGACUAAGGAGGAAAAAUUAGAAGGAUCGUCGUCGUCACCACCAGGGAUGUUGAACUCAGGGAAACAUUUUUUGAGUCUAGAGACAACUUUGGCGGACGAGGACGAUUCGGAAAACGAUCGAUCAUCGGACGACUCGACGUCGACGAGCAGUAAAGGGAGCGCGGAUGUUCUAUAUGAGAGGGAGUUGAAAGAUGUGGCGGCGUCGCCGAUUCAGGAGCUGCCGCGUCGUCGCGAGAAGACGAGCGAGUGGUCGAGCGAAGAGGAAGAGGAAGACGUACCGUCCACGCCGAAAGGAGGACGCAAAUCGAUCCAUUUGGACGACGAAGAGCAAGCGGAUAUGUUUUGCUUCUCUUCGCCGUACGCGAAAAGAGUGCAGGAAGGGAGAGAAAGGCAAAGAGCGAUGGUGAACGCGGCUUUAGACGCCGAGGAACCUUUGUUGAUGCCAAACGAGGACCGAUUUACGUUGUUCCCGAUGAAAUACCCGAGAAUUUGGGAGUAUUAUAAGAAAGCGGAGGCGAGCUUUUGGACCGCGGAGGAGAUUGAUUUGACGUACGAUUACAGAGAUUGGAUCACGUUGAACGAGAACGAGCAACAUUUUAUCACGCACGUUUUGGCGUUUUUCGCCGCCUCGGACGGUAUCGUCUUGGAGAAUUUAUGCGUGCGGUUUAUGAAAGAGAUUCAGGUUCCCGAGGCGAGAGCGUUUUACGCGUUUCAGCAAUCCAUCGAGAAUAUUCACAGCGAAACGUACGCGUUGUUGUUAGAGACGUACGUGAAAGACCCAAUUCAGAAGAGAAAUUUGUUUCGAGCGAUUCAUACGAUUCCAACCGUGAAAAAGAAGGCGGAUUGGGCGAUGAAAUGGAUCGAGUCUUCGUCGGCGAGGUUUGCCGAACGUUUAGUCGGUUUCGCAUGCGUGGAAGGCAUUUUCUUCAGCGGCAGUUUCUGCGCCAUCUUUUGGCUAAAGAAGAGAGGAUUGAUGAAAGGUUUGACGUUUUCCAACGAGUUGAUCAGUCGAGACGAAGGGUUGCACUGCGAUUUCGCCUGCGAGCUGUAUUCCGAGUUGAAGCACAAGCUCAGCGAGGAGGAGCUGCACGAGAUUGUCUCCAACGCAGUCGCAAUCGAAAAAGAAUUCGUCUGCGACGCGUUGAGCUGCGCGUUAGUCGGCAUGAAUGCAGAUUUAAUGUCAGAUUACGUCGAGUUUGUCGCCGAUCGUUUGCUCGUGCAGUUGGGCGCGAGUAAGUAUUAUAACGCGCAGAAUCCGUUCGAUUGGAUGGAGACGAUUUCGUUGCAAGGCAAGGCGAACUUUUUCGAACAUCGCGUCGAUCAGUACCAAAAAGCAGGAGUCAUGAAUAACAACGCAGACGCUCAACACUUUGAGUUCCGCACAGAUUGUGAUUUUUAG